AUUAAGAGACUACGAUCUAAUAUAAAAGAAUCCACAUGUUAUUAAAUAAUUUAAUUGAUCUAAAAAAUAAUUAAUAUCCGAAAUGAUUGAGUCGUGUACAAAGAAACGUAUGUUACUUGCUGUUACACUAUUAGGCGGAUUGACAGUUCUUGUUUUAAUAGUUGAGAGCCAAUGGACAGAUAGUACAAGUAAUAAACCUUAUAUUGAAAAUUUGGAGCACAAUGCAACGUGUACGACAAAUGGAGACUACGAAAUAAUAACAGAGUGUCAUCCUUGCACAGCGUUUGAAAUCGCGAGUAAAAGUAUUGGUGUUUGUAUUCAUUCACGUUACAAGGAAAUAUUGAGAUGUAAAACUGGUGAAACUGUCACUAGAAGUUGCGACAGAGUUGCCUGGUUGGAAGAACGUGAAUUUUUAAAAUUCCAAGGUGUUAUGUUUGUUCUAUCGUUUUUGUCAUGCGUAAUUGUAUUUUGGCGUGAAAAUAUCCUGAGAAAAAGGAUAAUCCGUAAAGUAGCCAAACAAUUACGUGCUAGUGUUUAAAAAUAUUUGAAUUAGUUAUAUAAUAAUU